AUGAGGUAUUUGCUAGCGGUAGUAGCUGCGUGCCUGCUGGCCGCUGUGGUGGUCGAGGCCCAGGUCCGCGUGGCCAUGCGUCCGCGGUGGGCGCCGACGUCAGUGCUUCAGGAAGCAAGUGAGUUUGCGAGGACGUGGGGCGAGCCGGGCCUGGCCUUUGUCGACGCGGUCGCCAACCAUUGCCCCAAGUGCGCGCAUGUGGUGACGGAUGUGCAGGUGGUGGAGGCGCUGUCAGCGUCCGAGGCGUACGGACUGGCAGGACGAGCAGAUCUGCUGCGGAUGGCGCUCAAUGUGGGCGCCCAUGCGCCUGCUGUUGAGGCCGCUCGCCAAGUGGCGGCACUGUUGGCUGAUGAGGCCUGCUCCUCGGUCUCAGACGGCCUCAUCUUGGUGGCCGGCGAGAAGGUCUUCUGCUCCGAGGCUGCCAUUGAUACCGGCCUGGCCGAUGGAAGUUUGGUUGCUGCCGCUGGAGCGGGCGGGCUGGAGGAGCUGCCGAUGAUCCGCGACGCGCUUGCAGCCGAGCUCCUCGCUGUGGCUGCCGGCACUGCACCGAAGGCUAUCAUGUUUGGUGUCCUCGGCACACGGACGGUCUCGCGAGUCUGGCUCGAGCUUCGGCUAGCACUGGGUGACGAGCUGGCGUUUGGCCACGGCGUGGCGAGUGGAGGCCAGGAGCCAUCCCGGCUCGCGGGUUACGGCGUCGAGCUUGCCAUCAAGUCAACCGAGUACAAGGUGGUUGACGACUCGAGUGACGAGGAGAACGAUGAGGGCGAGACAGUUGACGCCGACGCGCCGCUGCCGUCGCUUCCAGGGCUGGAUGUGACCAAGCUCGUGGAGCGCAUGCCGGACGAGGAGGCCGCACUGCGGGCCGCGGGCGUAGCGUUCGGCAACGCUGCCGAAAUCAAGCCGCUCAAGAAGUGGCAGCUUCGCGAUCUUGGGUUCAAAGCUGCGCAGGCUGUUGUCGACGCCAGUGACCCGCUUGCCGAACUUGCCCGCAUUUCGCAGAACCUUCCGUCGCUGGCCUCGUGGCUGGCGCGGAAGAAGAACUCGGCGGCGGGGCUACACAGGGAAGUUCGCGAGACGGCGGCAGUUGCCGGUGCCGGGUCCACGGCACUGGUGGUCAACGGGCGGGUGGUCGACGUUUCCAGCACCUCGAUCUUCCAGCUCUACACCCUUGUUGGCGAGGAGCUUGUGCUCGCCGACAAGCUGAGGAGCCUUGGUCUCGCGCCCGAGCACGUGGCCGCGGUGGCAUCGGCAGCGUCACCGAACCAGGGGGCUAGCGGCGACUCUGUUCGUGUUGCUGUCACGGAAGUCAAGCACAUUGCAUACCUCAACAACCUUGCACGCGACGAGCAGUACGCCUCGUGGCCAGCUUCGAUUGCGGUCAUCACUCAGCCGACGUACGGCUUUCACCGGGUCCGCCGCAACGUAGUCACCCUGCUCUACGUCAUGGACCCAAGCAGCCCAGCCAGCCUAGGUGUAGUCUUCCAGCUCAUGCAGUUCCACUCGGGUGACGCACCGCUGCGGUUUGGGCUUGUCCUUCGGCCAGGUCCGUCGGAUCUGAGCUCGCGCCUUGUCCGUGGCCUGCUGCAUGUGCGGGGCGAGGGCGGGUCGGCCCUUAUGUGGCAGGUUCUCGGCGGCGUGGCCAUGCGCGCGCGUGGCGGCGUGCCGCUCGAGGAGCACUUUGACGCUGCCCUGAGCGCAGUCGCCAACUGGGACGGGCCCAUCACCCUUGCGGACAUCCUCGCAUCCGAGGCGGGCGACGAGCUCGCCGACGAGCUUGCCGAGCUUGCGGCCUACCACGCCAGCAUCAACAUUCCGGCAAACACCUUUGUCAUCAACUCGCGGGUGGUGCCCAACGAGGGCGCGCUGCAGAGUGUGGUAGCCUCGGCGCUUCGCGACGAGCUGACCCGGCUGGCGGCUCUGGUUGUGGCCGGCAAGGUCAACGACAAGGUCAACGUCUUCAAGUACGUCAACACCGAGCCGGACGUGCUCUCGUCAUACUCGCGGCUGGCAGUGCCGUCUGCCGAUGCGCCACUCCGUGUCGUUGCGCUGGAUCCGUCCAAGGUGGGCCUCGCCAUCGGUGCGUGGCACGGUGCCGAGGCGGCGCCGGUCUCGAUCUUGGUCGUGGCUCGCGACGACGGCAGUGCGCAGUGUGUUGUCGACAAGCUUGCAGCUUAUGCGGUAUCCGAGCUUGCCCACUCGGGCAAGUUCCGGUACGCUCGGCUUGGUGUGGAGGCAUGGGCGAGUGCGGCAGGUGACGGUGAUGAUGCCGAGCUCGUUGUGGUUGUCAACGGGCGGGUCAUUGCUAUGGCGGCGAGCACGGCGUGCGACGAGCUUGCGCUCGGCGAUCUCGAGCUGAUGGUCAAGCUGGAGAUGGAGAGCCGGGUCGGGCUCCUGCUGGAGGGCGAGGCGGAGCUUGCGAGCGCGGGCCUGCGCGGGCGCAACAAGGCCGACGUGCUGAUGUACGCCUCGUCGCUGGUGUUUGCGUCGGCGCGCGCUGCGGACGAGGCCCGUCCGGUUGGUGCUAUCCGCUCGCUGGAAAGGGCGGCUGGCGGCGUGGUUGUUGGACCGGAGGCCGGGGCCACCAUCCGUGCGAUUGCCGUGGUCAACCCGCUCUCGGAGGCUGCGCAAGAGCUAGCACCGGUCCUCGCCCUCUUGCGCGAGUCUGUGGGCGCGCGUGUAGUGGUGAGGCUCAACCCAGAUCCUGCUCUCAGCGAGCUCCCGCUCAAACGGUUCUACCGGGCAGCGCUUGCGCCGGCGCUUGUGUUUGAUGGCCAAGGAGCGCGGCAGCAAGCUCAGGCGGUCUUCUCGGGUCUUCCGACGCAGUUCCUCCUCACGCUUGGGGUCUCGACACCGGACGCGUGGCUUGUGCAGCCUGUGGCAGCCAAGCACGAUCUCGACAACCUCCAGCUCGGGGCGCUGCGGCGCGGCGACGAGGUGGCCGCCGAGUUUGAGCUCUCGGAGCUCCUUGUGGAAGGCCGGGCGUACCAGGUGGCGCCUGUGGGUCCACCGACAGGCCUCGAGCUUGUGCUGGGCACUCCGCGUGAGGCUGUGGUGGAGGAUACGCUGGUGAUGGCGAAUCUGGGCUACUUUCAGCUCAAGGCACAGCCUGGGGUCUGGCAGCUGCAGCUCAAGCCUGAACGGCCAUCGUCCGAGAUGUACUCGAUGCUCAACACGACCGACUACGGGCUGCUCAAGGAGCGGAGCAAGGCCGAGUUUGACGAGCUUGUGGACGAAGCGCGGCUGGCCGACGGGACCGGCCGGGUUGUGGCCGUCACCUCGUUUGACGGCGCGUCAGUGACCAUGUUGGUGGCCAAGAAGCCCGGGUACGAGGAGAAGAGCCUGCUUGCUGCUCACGCCGAGGUCGCCGACUCGGGCCUCUCCUCGGUGUGGUCAUCACUGACUGGCAGCAGAGGCGGCUCCAAGUCGGACGUCAUCAACGUGUUCUCUGUGGCCUCGGGCCACCUGUACGAGCGGUUCCUGGCGGUGAUGAUGCGGUCGGUGAUGAGCUCGACGCAGAGCAAGGUCAAGUUCUGGAUUCUUCGGCAGUUCCUCUCGCCAUCGUUCAAAGAGGCGCUGCCCAAGCUUGCUGCCGAUCUUGGCUUUGACUACCAGCUCAUUGCCUACCAGUGGCCGCGGUGGCUCCUGGGCCAGUCCGAGAAGCAGCGGCUCAUUUGGGGCUACAAGAUCCUGUUCCUCGACGUUCUCUUCCCGCUCGAGGUCGACCGGCUGGUAUUUGUGGACGCCGACCAGACGGUGCGGGCGGACUUGCUUGAGCUCCACACAAUGGAUCUUGAGGGCAAGCCGUACGGCUUUACGCCUAUGUGCGAGAGCAACCCGGACACGCAGGGCUUUAUGUUCUGGAAGCAGGGCUACUGGUCGUCGCACAUGAAGGGCAAGCCGUACGUUAUUUCGGCGCUCUUUGUGGUCGACCUCACCCGCUUCCGCGCCAUGUCUGCCGGCGACACGCUGCGGGCGACGUACCAGUCGCUGGCGCGCGACCCCAACUCGCUCUCCAACCUCGACCAGGACCUGCCCAACUACCUCGCGCCAGGGCAGCUCCCGAUGCACUACCUCCCGCAAGAGUGGCUCUACUGUGAGGCGUGGUGCGAGGAUGGGACUGGCAAGCUUCUCGACGCCGCAAAGUCCAUCGACCUCUGCAACUCGCCGCUGACCAAGGAGCCCAAGCUCGACAUGGCUGGCCGCGUCGUCGCCGAGUGGCACGACUUCGACGAUGCCAACCGGGCGCUCCUCCGUUCGCCGCCCUCCCCUUCCCCUGGCGAUAGCGAUGUCCGGCAUGACGAACUCUAGUCAAAGUCCAAUCCAAAAGCCGUACUUGAACCGCA